AUGGGGUUCCAAAUGCCACGGCCCUCAGGCGGCCUAGGCCGGACAAAAAAUAUCAUACACUUUGUACAAGCCUUCAUCAUCUUCAUCGCAUGGGCUUUGACCAUUGCUAUCUGGACGAAAAAGGGUGGCAUUGAUGGCCGAACAGGAUGGUACUGGGGACUGUGCUGGUUGAGUAUCCCGGGCUUAGUGUACCUGGUCGCAGUACCCAUGUGGCCCCGAGCCCGUCGCUUCGGCAACGUCUACGCCUUCGCAAGUGUUGAUGCUCUCUACACAAUCCUCUGGGCCAGCGCCUGGAUCUGUCUGGCCUCCUACGUAGCCCAGGGUAAAUCACUGGGCGCCGAAACAUCCGACUCCGACUCCAAAUCUGAUUCAGACUCCAAGACCACCAAGCGAGCCACAGAUUCCGACACCAAAACCGGUUGCGAUAAUUGGCGCUAUGGAGGCGCAACCAAGUGCAAGCUCAGCGAGGCCACCACCAUCAUCGGUGUAUUCAUCUUCAUCCUCUUCGCAGUAACAACAUUCAUGUCCUUCCGCAAUGUCGCCCACUUCCGCCGCACAGGAACCCUCCCAGAUGCUGUCUCAGACCCCACCUUCGCCGCGCAAAGCAAAGCCGCCUUCUCCUCGAACCCAGCCCACGACUUCGAAGAAGACGAAGACGACUUCCGCUCCGGCCGCGGCGGCAUGGGCGCAUCCUCACGCGGCGAUCAAGACGAAGAUUACGCCCUCCUCCAGCAGUCCGAAAUAGACGACAUGGGCAAUGCGCACGGCCGGUCCGCGAUGCAAGGGUCCUACGACCCCACUGCACCUGCGCCCGGUGGCGUUCUUCACGACUACAACAACACCGGCUACGGGGGCGCUCAUGGCCAACACUACAACACCGGUCCGGAAGAUCAGUUCGCGAACGUGGAAUACACUCCGUCGGAGUACACUGCGCCUUCUGGAUUUGGAGGGUCGUCUGUUGCGGGUGGAUAUGGCAGACGGCCUAGCUAG